CUUCAAAACGGCUCCACCACCCAAUAAGAGCUCUGAGAGAGUGGCAAGAGUACGAGGAGGCAGUGAAGCGCAAGGAUCUUGCUAGAGCUCUCAGGCUCUUGAAAUCAACUGAGAAAGAAAAUGUUGACCCAGUUGAGAAGGAGCUCAAAGAUGGUUCUUUUUCUAUUGAGUCGCCUCGUCCCCAACUCGGAGAGCUGGGGUUUUUUGGGAGGUUAGAGAGGGAUUGGGAGGUCUUGGAUACUUGUUUGAAUGCUAGUGAUAUGAGACUUGUAGGUAGUGCUUAUGGCUUUCUAAAGGACCGAGGGUUCUUGCCCAAUUUUGGAAGGUUCAGCUGUAUAGGUACUUUUUUUGUUAUUAAUUCUUGCAAAGGGGAUUCGGCGGUAUAGGUACCUUUUUUGUUAUUAAUUCUUGCGAAGGGUGGUCUUUUAUAUGUUUUGGUUUUGAUUUUGUGUGUGUGUGUGUAAUGUUAGUAAUUUCGCAGUGAACUUGAAAAGGGAGAAAAUGCGUCCUUUGUUAUAUGUAAAGGAGUGGGCUAUGCAAAGUAACAACUUUUGUUUCUGCUUGAAUGAAUGUAAUUCUGCUUUAACUUCUUCAACAUGCACACUUUUUGCAGUUCUUGAGGGACCAAGAGACGUUACACAAAGUGUCUUGAAGUCCUCUACUGGUUUAGAUGUUUCUAAACUUUCUCCAAAAAAGUGGGGUUCUUCUGGAACCACAAGCAUUGCAUUGGUUGCUCUUCUGGGAGGAGUCUCUUAUCUGCUUUCUCAAGGGAUUGAUAUCAGGCCUAACCUUGCUGCCAUACUGGGCCUAGCCUUUAUAGACUCUAUCUUCCUUGGGGGUACAUGUUUAGCUUUAAUCUCAAGUUACUGGCCUCCAUAUAGGCGUCGGAUUCUAGUUCAUGAAGCAGGCCACCUCCUUGUUGCAUACCUUAUGGGUUGCCCAAUUCGUGGGGUGAUUUUAGAUCCAGUUGCUGCAAUGCAGAUGGGCAUCCAAGGGCAGCAUUAUCAUCUCUUGUGGACACCUUUAGUUACAGAAUUUAUAAAGGCCCAACUCAGCAUUUUCCUACAGGCUGGAACUCAGUUUUGGGAUGAGAAAAUGAAUAUAUCCCAACAGGCGACAGUGGGUGGAGGGCACAAAUUUUGGUAUUCAGCUGACCAUUUUUGACAUAUGUAGUCUAAAAGAUGGUUCCUCUUGGUAUCUUUGCUGCGUUUAGACUGCAAAUGUGAGCGAAGGCUCUCAAGUUCUCAUCUUUUUAUAAACAUUUUAAGAUCAGGGUGCCAUUUUUUCCGUCACUGUUUUGGUUGGAAGAAUGCUAGGUUUUGAGCCAUGGCCUCUUGAUCGUACCCCUAAUUAAUUUAAUGCUGACUGACCUUUUGUACUAAUCAAGCUACCUCCAUAUUCUCUUAGAACAAAACUACAACAUUUUGUACAUGACCUUUAUUUGUAAAAGUUGUCAUUUUUUGGCCAAAUUUGCAAAUGUUGUCAUUAUUUUCCAAUAAAUGACACUUAGUGGG